AGUACUAGAUGAAGAUUGUAUGAAGUUGUCACGGUGCACUUGUCGCAUGAUGGCGCAACAUGUUGUCUGCUCAAGCACACCGGCAGCUCUUUUAUUACUUAUUUUUGUGAUAUCCAAUUUAGUAAGCGUUAAUACAUUUACGAAAGUGAAAGUAUCUGAUAAUUUAAAUGUCAAAUCAGUGAACGUCUUCAUUAAAAAGGACUCUGUCGCGGAAGAGAACGUGUCUUCUAGCUUUGGUUUCUUGAUUGAAGUUUUUGGCACCGGCCUCGAGAAUAAUAUAUCAUUACGUUGGUCACGUACGCUCGAUAAUUGCGAAUCAAAAAAUAAAUUAAGUGCAAUUUGGAUCUCACCGAAUGGCAGUCGGGCUAUAUAUAAGUUCGACAAAGUUCCUAAUUUUAAGGUUACCACGAUCUAUUUCUGUCUAAAAAUUGUCAGCACAUUCGGUGAAAUAUGGACCAAUCUUGGAAGCAAUUUUACUAUCAGAUCGCCAAUACAAUCAAAAAAAUAUUUUCGUAUGCGUCGUGCCAAUUUGUUAUCCAGUGUCAAUGAUGACCCCAAAAAUCUAUUGACUCAACAAAUCCAUACAGAUGUGUUUAUUGAGGGUCUGAGAAUAGAGAUAUCAGAAAAGGACCCUAGUUAUAGAGAGGAUGGUAUUCCAGAAAUACUUGCUGGAAGUAAGACAGUUAUAAGAUUAUUUGGCUUUGGUUUCACGGAAGAUACUUGGAUUACUUUUACUGAUGAACCUGCCGAAAGGGGUAGUAUUUGCGAUAAGAUUAAAAGCAAUGCAUUUUUAAUGAAAAAUGUAAGAAAUAAUACUGCAACUGUUGAUGUGGUAUUACCACUUGGUUCACCUUUUUACAUAUGUGUAAAACAAGUAUAUGGGGAAGAAGGUUCAAACCUUUUACUUUUUAAACAUCAAGGCACUGAAUCAUGGAAAACUAUAUAUACAUAUGAAAAAUUCUUACCACUUUGGCUUAGUAUUUUAAUUAUUCUUAUGUGUCUUACUUUUUCUGCCUUAUUUUCUGGUUUGAAUUUGGGAUUAAUGGCAAUGGAUAGAACUGAAUUGAAGAUUCUUUGUAAUACUGGAACAGAAAAGGAAAAACAAUAUGCGAGAACAAUACAACCAGUGCGAAAUCAUGGGAAUUAUUUGUUAUGUUCAAUUUUAUUCUCCAAUGUUUUGGUGAAUUCAAUUUUUACUAUUUUGUUAGAUGAUUUAACUUCUGGAUUAGUUGCUGUUAUUUGCUCUACUCUAGCCAUUGUAAUUUUUGGUGAAAUUUCACCACAGGCCAUUUGCAGUAGACAUGGAUUGUGUAUUGGAGCAAAAACUAUUUAUAUCACAAAAUUAACUAUGAUAAUAACAUUUCCAUUGAGUUAUCCUAUUAGUAAACUUUUAGAUUUCCUUCUUGGAGAAGAAAUCGGCAAUGUGUAUAAUCGUGAACGAUUAAAGGAACUUGUAAGGGUAACAACAGGGUAUAAUGAUUUAGAAAAGGAUGAAGUGAAUAUUAUUGCUGGAGCAUUAGAAUUGCGGAAAAAAACUGUUACAGAUGUAAUGACAAAAAUUGAAGAUGUAUAUAUGUUGAAUUACAAUGCCAUUUUAGAUUUUGAAACAGUAUCAGAAAUUAUGAAAUCAGGUUUCUCUCGUAUACCAGUAUAUGAAGGUGUAAGAACAAAUAUUGUAACAAUGCUUUAUAUCAAAGAUCUUGCAUUUGUAGAUCCAGAUGAUAAUAUGCCACUAAAAACUUUAUGUCAAUUUUAUCAAAAUCCAUGCAACUUCAUUUUUGAAGAUGUUACACUGGACAUUAUGUUUAAACAAUUUAAAGAAGGUCAUAAAGGUCACAUGGCUUUUGUUCAAAGGGUUAAUAACGAAGGUGAAGGCGAUCCUUUUUAUGAAGUAAUAGGAUUAGUUACAUUAGAAGAUGUUAUAGAGGAAUUAAUUCAGGCUGAGAUCAUAGAUGAAACUGAUGUUUUUACGGAUAAUAAAACUAAGCGCAGAAGACAAGCUAGGCAUAAAAUACAAGAUUUUACCGUCUUUGCAGAGAAGAAAGAAAAUCAACGAAUUCAUAUAUCGCCUCAAUUAACAUUGGCUAUGUUUCAGUAUUUGUCUACAACUGUAGACGCUUUUAAGCCCGAUACAAUAUCGGAAACUAUUUUGCGUCGUUUACUUAAACAAGAUAUUAUUUAUCACAUCAAAGUGAAAUCACGCGAAAAAGCAAGAAAUGAUCCGGCAGCGGUAAUAUAUCAACAAGGAAAAGCGGUUGACUACUUCGUUUUAAUCCUAGAAGGUCGAGUUGAAGUUACAGUAGGAAAAGAGAAUAUGAUGUUCGAAAGUGGCCCAUUUACGUAUUUUGGUUCUCAAGCACUUACUGUUAAUGUUGGAAUUGCCGAAUCACCUACCAAUACAAAUCCUCAAACAGUGGGAAGCAUACAGUCGAUCAAUUUAGAUUCUAUGUUACGAUAUACAUUUGUUCCCGAUUAUACAGUACGAGCAGUGUCGGAAGUGUUCUAUGUUAAAAUUAAAAGAUCUUUAUAUUUGGCUGCAAAACGAGCCACGCUUCUAGAGAGAAGUCAGAAAGAUUCAUUACCCGGUCAGGAACAAUUUGACGACGAAGUAGAAAAGUUACUACAUUCUUUGGAUGAAGAUGAUCGUAGCAUGCCAGAAUCUCCAGUAUUGCCUAUUGACAAAGAAAAAGAAAGUAAAAACGAAAAGGAAAAAGAAAAAGAUAACGUGCAAUCACCUGUUCAUAGUGCAACUGCUCCAACUUCACCUGCUCCAGUCAGCGCUAGUCCAGUUACGCAUUCAAAAUUUAUCUCAUCUUAUAGUGAUCAUAAUGGAAAACUUAAAAAUUCGCCGGCAAAGGCAACGAUUGUAAUCAGCCCCAGUCAAACACAAGCUAAAUUAGAUUUAAAUACAGAGAUUCUGGCUCGUCAAGAAGCAAAUAGAGCCAUAUCAGCAAAAAAAUUAAUCGAAGACGAAGAAAGAACAAAUCUCCUGCCUAAAAAAGAAGACUCUUAACGUUCGGAGAAUAGUCGACAACAUGUAAAUGAGUCGACAUUAACACUGCAGGUAUCAAACAACGAAGAGCAGGAAAAACCUCUAUGACAUACAAUGCUAUCACGGCAUUAGGUACUUAACAAAUUACUUAAAUAUUUAUCGCAAAAAAAAUUGAUAGUUGAUCUUGUGUAUUUUAAGUUUUAAAUUCGUGGAAAGCAUCCAUGAUAUAUAUCCUAGUUCUAUAAAGUUAGUACGCUCAGGGAAGAUUGCCAAAAUUUCAGAUACUCAUAUAUAUUUAAUUCUUUUUGUAGUUUACGUAAACAAUUUAAUACGUAAUUAAAAUUUAAACCCAUGUUCAAUUGAUAAAUGUUGCAUAAUUUUUUCUUUUAUAUAUAUUUUAUAUCUUAAAAGAGCGGAACACUUAUUGAAGAUCGUAUAUUCAUUAUUGUAGAAAACUUCAUUUUUUAUUAUUUAUCACAAAAUGCAUAUAUAUUUUUCAACAUAUGAUUCUUAAACAUUUGUAAAUAUCACUCUACCAUGCAUUUUUUCAUAAAAACAAUACCUAUGAAAUGUGCAUUUUAUAUCGAUGAAAUACACAUUUACAUGACAUUUCUCAAUGAUUAUAUAUGAACAAUUGCCGUUGUUGUGCUUAUAUCCUAUAAAGUAAAGGAAGUUUUAAAAAAUUUAAACAAAAUAAUCAACAAAAUUUGCAAUUGUAUAAUUACAAUUAGAUUUUUUUUACAUUUCUUACAUUAUUAAAUUAAAAAAACUUUAGUCAAAAAUAUUAUAAUACAUGUAAUACAGUUAACAGCUUAUAGCUUCAAAUAUAAUUUUUUGAAUAUUAGAAAUUGGAGGAGAUUCUGCAAACUUUAAUCAAAAUUCAGCAAUUCAAUCAUAUCACUAAACAAUUUUGUAGUUUUUUUCUCGCAGUUGUAACCAUUACACUCUAGUAUAAUAUGCUUGGUGAAAAAUGGAAUUGCAUUGUUUGCAGAUAGGGGAUGAUGACUGUUCAGUAAAUAAUGAAUAUGAUAGCACUGUGUGGCCUAUCCUAAUUCUACUAAUUAAUUAAAUUGAGCUGUGUGAUUGAAUAUGCUUGAGAACAUAUGGGUUCAUGUGUUCCAUAUUUUUUUUAUAUGUCUUCUGACUGUUUUGAUGCUUUAUUAGCUUGUUUAUUCCCCUGAAUACCAACAUGUGAUAUUCAGAUUAUUUCAUGUUUUUUUCUUUGGUUGAAUUUGUCAUAUUGCUAAUUUUCUUUUUUUCUUUUUUUCAAGAAUCACCAUAACUUUCUCGUCUUUAGAAAGAGCUCUAUUAUAAAGGAUAUGUUCUUGAUACUAACUAUAAUUUCUCUAGAAGAAAGUGAUUUUAAUCUAUCUCGUUGUUGGCCUGAGUGUCAAAACAUCCAAUUGUGUUUGGUCCUUAAUCUCCUUCUAACAGUUUCCAUCUUAGACUCUAUUUUUUCAACACAGGACUAGACUGAUUAUAGAAAUAGUAAUUUCAGAUCUUGCUUCUGUUAAUUUUUGGAUCUUUGGUUUAGUGAGGACAGGUAGGGGCUUUGAUUCUUUUGCUGGGUCUGUUUUUUUAUGUGUAUAGAAAAUUCCCUUAGAGAAUUUUCUUUUUUAAAGAUACCUCUGAAGGCCUCAUCUAUUGAAUCAUCUUCAUCAAUCACCAUGAGUGAUUUGUUCAUCUAUGUAGUCUAAGUGGAUUCUAUUCAAAGAUGUAAUUAAAAUCUUGUUAUAAUAGAAGAUUUAAAAAAAACUUUGAAUGAAUAAUUCAACAUAUUUUUUAGAUGCAUAUGAAACAAUAUGUUUUUCCUCAGUUAUCUUGUAUUUCUUAAAUCAUAUUUCUUACACAAGUGUGAAUAGUGUAAAUAGAAGGAACAAAUUGUCCCCAUUUAUAAUGAAUUAUGAGACCUUCGAUGUAAAAAUACUAUGUAUUUUAUUCAGUGCCUUAAAAGAUUUAUAAACUCUGUUUAAUCGUGUUUAAUAAAUUGCAUUUUAAUAAGAAAUAGAUAUAAUUUUCAUAGUAAAUUCAAACUAUACAUUUAUCUAAAUUUAUUUACUAUGACAAAAUUCAAUUAAAUUAAAUUUCAACUUGAAAUAGAAUUCCUCCUUUUCAUAAACUUUCAUUCAUUUAUUACGUUUGUAUAACAUGAAUAGUUGUGUGUAUUUAGAAAAAAAAAAAAAUGUUGAGCGAUAACACAAUGGUACAAUCCCUACAGAAAAAUAGCGAAUUUCAAAGAGUUCGAUAUUUUAAUAAUAUAUGCCUAAUAUAUGCUUUUAUUCUAUUUUUUUCUCAAUUAUUAUAUUUUUAUUACUAUACAAAAAAGUAUAUCAAAUAUAAAGUUUCAUGUUCAACACUUGCACAUAUCUUCAUAUAAGUUCCAUAUAGAUUGGUAGUUUGAAAUAUUUUAUGAAUAGAAAUUUUUCUAAAUUUUAAAGCGUCUAUAAUUUAAUUAAACACUUAAAUAUCA